CAACCUAAGGGUAUUGUUUUCUAGAAAUGGUCAGCAGAUAAUUAACUAAGGUUUGUGCCUUAGUAAGAGUUGACAUGGGGUUUAUAUAUUUGCUUGAGAUUUGUAUCUUUAUAAGGAGCCAUAAUUUGUGACUGCAAUGAUGUCAAUACUGUAAUCCUGUAAAAGUUCAUUUGAAUAAAAACUAGUCUAUAAUGAGUCAGUCAUUCAGAUUUCCACAACAUCAUCAACCUGAAGAAGGAAAUAAUGAAAAUAACAUACUUGUAGAUGACUUCAAAGAUAUUUGAGUUGUAUAGUUUCAAGUUGAUGCAUGAGACUGGCUUUUGCUGUAUGUGACUGACUACUUCUUUAGGUCUCAUCCUUUAAAAAUUAUGUAGCCAGGAAGUGAGUGGAUAACAGCUGAGUUGAUGUGAAGGUUUCUAGGCAAGUGAAUAUCCUCCCUCACUCAUGGAUGCAGAAGCUUUAUUAGCUUACACAGAUUAAAGUGUUUAACCUUUGCACCUCAGUCUUAUUCCUUUCCUAUGGAAGUUCUUAGGGAACACGUUUCAGUCAUCAUUCCAAAUAUACCGUCAGUAAUAAUCUCACAGUACGUUUUCAACAUUAAUCCAUCAAAUUAAUGUACUAUUUGGGUUCGAUAAUGUUUCCAAGCUGUAGGCCUACAUUAAUUUCGAUAAAAACUAUAACGAUUCACGAUUAAAAAAUAAAUAAAAACAAGUUACAACCAUUAAUAUAAAUACCCUUGCACACUUUCUUCUACAAAUUUAGGCCAUUUUGUAAAGUGGAGUUGUUCGUGCGUCGAGGAAAACCACUGACCUGCUGACAGGAAAAUAAGUCUCGCCUGAAUGUUCACGUAAUCAUCCAGGUGUCCAGCACGUGCAUAGCUGCAUUUAAGAUAUUUAUUAUUUCUAUAUUAUAAAGACAGUAACGUUUCUAUCAUGAUACUUUUCGUGCUUUUUGGGUUUUUGCUGGCGUUAUAUUAGUAGAGAGAUGCGCCGUUCAUUUGCCUGUUGUUCAGUGGCGUAUCUGAAAUGCGUGAAUGCUGACAAUAAUUUGCAUCUAAUACUAGGCUCGCUUUGAAUAGCAAAAUGAAGUUAAGAAAAAAGAAAUUUAUCUUCAAAGGCACAUUUGACAUGGGGAUGGGGAUAAUCAUUACUGACUUUCAUCCAGAUUUAUCUGACUUAUUUUCUUCAUGUGAGGCUGGUCAUCUGAAGAAGAAUGUCAUUUUUAUCUGGGAUGGCAUGAGGAAAUGCAAAUACAUCAUGUCAAACUCAACAUCUGAGAUCCUCCUACAUAAGUCAUAACCAGACAUGCUCGAGAACCAGAUCUGGAUCAUUAAUGGGGAGAUGAUGGAUCGUUCCAUUCUGCUGCUCAUGUUUCUUUCAGCAUUUAUAAAUGAGGUGUCACUAGCCAUGUUGUACUCAAAUACUACUACACCACUCAGUACCACUGCCAUCAAUUCUUCAAACACCACAACAUCUGCCACUACAACCAACACAACUACAUACACCACUACCAGUCCCACCACUUCUAAUACUACAUCUACUACCAUGCCAACUACCGCUCCUACCACAUCUACUACCACUCCUGCCACGUUUACUACCAUGCCAACUCCCACAUUUACCACGUCUACUACCACUCCUGCCACGUUUACUACCACGCCAACUCCCACAUCUACCACGUCUACUACCACUCCUGCCACAUCUACUACCACAUAUACUACUACUACCACGCCAACUACCACCAGAGCUACUCCCACCACGUCAACCACAACUGCCACUUCAACCACUUCGUCAACAUCUAACCCGCUUUCAACCACUCGUCAACCGACAGGCAAUACCUGCCCAGAGGAAACACUCAAGGGUUUGACUUUUCCACCCUCUGUGAUCGGCCAGAUUACUUAUUCAACACAGCUAUGCCCUCCAGGAACAGCCAAUGCUGGUAUUCCUAUGGCCUCAGCUCAGUGUUUGAACUUCACAAUCUUCCACGCAUUUGGUGCACUUAAACUUCUAAAUUGUGCCUUGACCCUGGAGCUGUUCGAGAGCAAAGUCAACGGGACUCUGGAAACGAAUAUGUAUGUUGCCUCCAGUGUCCAGAUCCUCACAUCCAAACCUGAGCAGCUGACGUCCCAGAACAUCACCUCAGCUGCUAUGAUUGCCAAUAGCCUGCUGUCCUCUGCAGUGUUAAAUGAGACAGUUGCAGUGUCAGCAAUGGCCACCAUCAGUCAGCUCAUGCAAACUGUUAAAAACCAAUACUCUGAAGAUACUUAUGAUGCCCUUGAGAGUCUCACAAAAACUCUGGAGGAUUUUGCUUUGAACAUUAGUAGCAUGAACUCUAGUGCACUGGUGCAGCCAAACCUAGUGGUGCAAGCCAUCAAGUUGUCACACUGGACCCCACAAGUGCAAUUUUUCGCUCAAACAGGACUGUCAGGGAAAUUUACCCCUGAAGGAGUAAAUAUGAGUACAGACGGUGCAGACGCUGCUAACCUGACACCCUCUUCAGGACGUCCCGUUGAUCUCCUGUUAGCUCUCAAACUGCAAAACGAUUCCCAGAAAGAUUGGGGGAACAGAAACCUAAGCAUUGGAGUGGUGCUUUAUGAAAAUGACCGUUUUUUCAACUCAAAACACUUUAAUAGCCAACUAGAUACUAAAAGAAGAGUGCUCUCGGCCAGCCUCACAGACAAACACUUGCUUGAUAAAGUGGAGUUUACCAUCAGGCCUGAGAAUAAAUCUGGAUUGACACCUUACGACUUUGCAUGUGUGUUUUGGGACUACGCUCAAAGAGAUUGGAGAACAGAGGGCUGCAUCAAGAUACAAGAUCCCUAUGGUUUUCAGUGUAAAUGCAACCACACCACCAACUUUGCAGUUCUGAUGAGCUUCAGAGCAGACUAUAAUUAUUCUGAGGCUUUAAACUGGAUCAGUAUUGUGGGAUGCAGUCUGUCUAUUGUUGGUUUGCUCCUCACCACAAUUUAUCAAAUUAAGACCAGGAAACUGAGAGGAGCCAACUCCACUAUGCUCUUAGUGAACAUCUGUUUGUGCAUGACCACCUACUACCUGCUGUUCAUUUUUGGAAUCAACAACCCAGUCCAGAGCUCAAAGGCCUCUGUUUCAGAGAAGAACAUUAUUCCUUCUUCAGAUUUGCAGCAGAAGGUCGAUCAGGGCCCUUGUACGGCAAUCACAGCCCUGCUGCAGUACUUCCUGCUGGCCACGUUUGCCUGGAACAUCAUGUAUGCAGCUCACGUGUUUUUCCUCAUUAGAAAUGCCCUCAGUGGUCCACCGCGAGGUUUCCGCACCAUCGCCAUGACAGCUGGCUGGGGUCUGCCUGCUGUUAUUGUUGGCAUUUCGCUGGCCACCACCUACAGCUUUAAGGACCCUUUAGGUUAUCGACAAGAAGAGUUCUGUUGGUUGGCGUCUCUGGACAAGGCGGGAACGUUUGAUCCGAAGCGGCCGAUGUUGUGGGGUUUCUUGCUCCCUCUAGCGGUUAUGUUGUGUUUUAACACAGCUCUGCUUGUGUACUUCUCUCAAACCAUCUGUUGUGCAAAUCCCAACCUGAAGAGCUCACGCACCACUCCUUUAAAGAAGAAGAUUUUGAGUAGUUUCUCUCUGGCUGUGGUACUCGGUUUGUCCUGGGUCAUUGGUUACUUUGUGCUCAUCACCCGUGACAAAACACUCUACAUCAUUCUCAGUGUGGUCUUCUGUCUCUGCAAUACAACACAGGGUGUUCAGAUUUUCCUUUUAUUCACACUGAAGUCUUUUCUAAAGACGAGAGCUCGAUAUAAUCUGGAUUCUAAGACUGAAUCAAGGGGAGAGCCUUAAAACAUGGAAAAUGGACGCAAAAAGCCAAGAACAAGACAAGAUUGCAGUUGAUUCCAUUGGUUUGCUGACAUUUUAAUUCAGUUUAAUAAUAUUAAUAAAUACAUUGUCUCAUAAACAUAUUGUCUUAUUAGAAACUGUACAAAUAAUGCCUAUAGUACAUUUUAGAAAUAAUAGUCUUUUAAAAAACAUUACUUUAGUCUUUGAUUUAUAUUAGACUUGCUUUAGGACAAAUUGUGUAUUUAAAUUUUCUUACUGUUCAUAAAAAUAAAAAAAGGUU